CUUCUGCUGUGAAGUAACUCCUCCCAGGGGCGGGCACCGGCGGGUGGCUCUCUCUCCUGUUCCGCCACCGGGAAGGAAGGUAUCGAGACCGCCAUGGUGACCGGGGCGCUGCUAUUUUCUUCCUUGUGCCGCUUCCGGAGGGCUUGUCUCCCGCCUCUUCUCAUCGGGCCCCGAAGGAGCUACAGCCAAGACGAUGCUCUCUCCCAGUACUUGCACCGCAGCAUCGUCCCCACUAUGCAUUUUCAGAAGAGCCUGCCCCGUUUGCCCAUUCCAAAACUUGAAGAUACAAUUAGAAGAUACCUGAGUGCUCAGAAACCUCUUUUGGAUGAUGAUCAAUUCAGAAAAACCGAACAACUUGCUGGCAAUUUUAAGAAUGGCAUUGGUAGAGAAUUACAUGAUCAUUUGGUUGCAAAGGACAAACAAAACAAACAUACAAGUUAUAUUUCAGGUCCCUGGUUUGACAUGUAUCUUCAGGCACGGGAACCCAUUAUUCUUAACUUCAAUCCAUUCAUGGCUUUCAAUCCUGACCCCAAACCUGAAUACAACGAUCAGCUUGUGAAAGCCACCAACAUGACUGUUGCUGCUUUACGUUUCAUGAAGACUUUUAGGGCAGGCAUCUUAGAACCAGAGGUGUUUCAUCUGAACCCGUCCAAGAGCGACACUCCAGGGUUCAAAAAGCUUAUUCGAUUUGUGCCUUCUUCUCUCUCAUGGUUUGGUGCCUAUAUGGUGAAUGCCUACCCACUAGACAUGUCACAAUACUUCAGACUUUUCAAUUCCACCCGGCUGCCUAAACCUAAGAAAGACGAGCUGUUUACAGAUGAGCAUGCCAAGCAUUUACUUGUGCUUAGAAAUGGCCACUUCUAUGUGUUCGAUGUGAUAGACCAUGGCAACAUAGUGAAACCAUCGGAAAUUCAAGCCCAUUUAAAAUUCAUCCUUUCAGACAGUGCUCCAGUUCCAGCAUUUCCUCUUUCUUAUCUAACUACCGAAAAUCGAGACACCUGGGCAACUCUGAGACAGGAACUCCUUGACAAUGGCAACAGGGAGGCCUUAAGGAAAGUGGAUUCGGCCAUAUUCUGCCUGUGCCUUGAUGAUUUCCCAAUUAAAGAUUUCGACCAUUUGUCUCGUACUAUGCUCCAUGGCGAUGGCACUAACAGGUGGUAUGACAAAUCAUUUAAUCUUAUUUUAGCGAAAGACGGCUCUGCAGCAGUUCUUGAGCAUGCUUGGGGAGAUGGUGUGGCUGUGCUUAGGUUCCAAAACGAAGUCUUUAAACACAGCACUGAAACGCCUGUCAUUACUCCUCAGUCUUUGCCGGCUGCCUGUGAUUCGCACAGAGCUGUAGAGAAGCUGAAUUUCAAAUUGAAUGAUGCCUUGAAAGAAGGAAUCACCAACGCCAAGCAGACUUUUGAUGCCACUGUGAAAACACUGACACUGAAGACCUUCCGGUUUGAAAGAGGAGGCAAGGAAUUCAUAAAGACCCAGAAGCUGAGUCCCGAUGCCUUAGUCCAGCUUGCCUUCCAGAUGGCUUUCCUUAGGCAAUACGGGCAGAGUGCCACCUAUGAAUCUUGUAGCACAGCAGCAUUCAAACAUGGUCGUACUGAAACGAUCCGGCCUGCUUCGGUUUAUACAAAGGCAUGCUCAGAGGCACUAGUUAAGAGGCCGUCCAAGCACAAUACUGUGGAGCUACGCAGUGUUCGCAGAGUGCUCCACCUUCACAGUCAACUCACAAAGGAAGCUGCUCUGGGUCAGGGAUUUGAUCGUCACCUUUAUGCACUGCGGUAUGAAGCAGAAUCCCAAGGAAUUUCUUUGCCAGAUCUUUACAAGGACCAAGCUUAUGCCCUAAUUAACCACAACAUUCUCUCCACAAGUUCCUUGAGCAGCUCAGCCCUGUUCUUGGGUGGAUUUGGACCGGUAGUGCAUGAUGGAUUUGGCAUAGGUUAUACUAUACAAGAUAACUGGAUUGGGUGCAGUUCUGCUUAUCCAUCUAGGAAUGUACCAGAAUUCUUGCAGUGUGUGCACAAGUCACUGGAUGACAUUUUUGAUAUUUUAGAAGGGAAACAAAUUAGUAUUAAGAUAGAAUAGGACUGGCUUUCAUGUGUGACAUAACAAUUUCCUUUGGCUCAAGGUUAAUGUUUUAGAUGGAUUAUGACCUGUUUAGCCUCUUUAAAAAUAACAGAUUAAGGUCUGGAGAAAAAAAAGGAAUAUAAUAGAGUUAAAGAACUGAUCCAUUGGGUUUUUACAUUGCCAUGACUAAGUUGUUAACACUGAUUUUAAUGCCUGUUCUCCAAAUAUGAUUAAGGCUAGCUCCAACUCAUGGAGUGUAAAUGAACUUCCUAUUGUAAAAAAAAGUGCUGUCUUUAUUACCUAUCAGCCAACAGAAGUUCUUGAAGUAUAAGACUGCUU